AUGACCGCCAGCCCGCCUUUCUCUAAUCCUGUUGGCCCCGUCCUAAAGAGUCAGAAAGGUCAUUCUUACAGACCUGGCCAGCAUCCCCUUCCUGCCCGCCCCCCGUUAGAGGUUUGCUUGGAUAGCGGUCUACAUACGGACGCUCAAACAACUCGACACGACCCAGAGGAUUUGGGCCGCACUACCUCCAGUCCUCACGGUGAGACCUUCGACUCUGACAACAUUUUGCACUUGCAAGGCAUACAAGGCACCGAAGAUGUUGAUUCUGUCACAAUGCCCGAUAAUGUUUGCCUGGAUGCUAAGCAUCGAUCGCCCGGUCUCGGAUCGUGCGACUUAAAGCCUGCCGUUAUUACUGGUCAGCACCCGCAAGCUGUCGAAUCUAGAAACCCUACCCAGACUGGAGAGCUUCCAAACACCGAAACAAUCGAUCCCGCAAUCCUGGACGAUCAUGCCUUUCCAGGUGGUGAGCAGAUGCAAUCAACGGAAAAUAUCGCCGGCAUCGCAACAUGUCCAGACAGAUGUCUCUUGGAGUGCUCCCACUCUUCGAACCAAGGUCCGCCUCUUCAAUCCAGACAACAAAAUGCAAAGGGAACGGCGCUUCCCGGUCACCAGUCCAAAAUAAAUAAGCGUUCGAGUGCUAGGAAGAGAUAUUCAAAAAGGGGUGCCGGCCAGUCUAAUAAAGGCCCCCCUCGUCGCAGCAGCGUUUCGUUUACUACCGUUCGUGCUCAAUUCUCGGCCCUUCCCGUCGAAGACCGGCUAGAGUUCCUGUCCUGGUUGUUUGAGGGUACUUUAUCUCAUUGUAUUUCUACGCCUUUAAGCACAGAUGCCACUGUAUCAAGAUGCACCGCAAACCAAGAUUCAGACAUCACAUACGACUGUGACCAGCCAAGCCCAAUUACCGAACUAGUUGAUGCGCAACACACCCCUUGUACGAGAAAAGGUUUAUCAUAUUCCGUGGAAGAAACAGCUCUAUUAGUGAAGCUCAGGGAAGAACAGAAUCUUGCUUAG